UGGAGUGGCCACCUCCUUUCUCAUGCUCAGCCUUGCGACGAUGGGGGCGCUCGCGCUGAGGGCCGGGCCGCUGGUGUCUCGCGGUGCCAGCACCCGCCUGUCGGCGCUGCAGAUGUCUACCUUUGCGACCUUCAAGACCAGCAAGGGCGACAUCAAGGCGGAGCUCAUGAUGGACAAGCUGCCGAUCACAUGCUCCAACUUUGCCGACCUCGCAAAGACGGGCUUCUACGACGGCCUCACGUUCCACCGCGUUAUCCAGGGCUUCAUGUGCCAGUUCGGCUGCCCGCACUCGAAGGACCCAAAGUCGCCGCGCGCCGGCACGGGCGGACCGGAGCCGGGCAGCACGUACACGACGCCCGACGGCACGACCAUCACGCGCACUGGGGGUAACAUCCCCGACGAGCUGAUCGAGCCCAUCUCGAACGAAGUGGGCACCCUCUCGAUGGCGAACACCGGCAUGCCCAAUUCGGGCGGGUCGCAGAUCUUCAUCAACACGAAGCACAACGCGUUCCUCGAUUACUUUGACCCGUCGACGCCCUCAAAGCACCCGGUCUUCGGCAAGGUGGUGGACGGCAUGGACGUGCUCCUCGCCAUCGAGAAGGUGCCGACGGGGCCGGGGGACAAGCCCAUCGAUCCCGUCACGGUCAACACCAUCGAGAUUAGCGAAGACUGAGCUCCUCCUAGCCCCGCGCGGCGACGCGUGUGCUGGCCACUGUAUGCGAUGACCGACGCGCGCGGCCGCCCUCCCACACGCGCGGUCACGCGCGUCGGUGCUGAUCUGAGAUCCGCUCGCGCGGGGCGCCAAGGCCUGCAGGUCUGGCCAUGUACGGCUCUAUACAAGCAAAUCUCUAGUCGACUACA